AUUUUGCCAGACAUGAGUUAAGAAAAUAAAAAAAAAAAUAAUUCUACGGUGAGGCAAUUGAAAAACGGGAGGCAUUCAGGGCAUAGAUGGGAUACGGCGCACCUGAAAAGCACUAUGUGAGAGCUGGAAUUUUUCUCACCAUUGUCGUCGUUUUUCGGUUGCCAAAUGGUGGCAGAUACCCAAGUUAUGGUAUGUCUGGCUAGAGCUUAUAACCCGGCUGUGCUGCGAAUUUUUUCACCUGUUUUCCAUGAAGGCAGCUUUCGUUUCCAGUUUCAAUUGCAACGAUUGGGCGCUGGGUUUGGCUGCUGUGGCCGAUAAUGUUGCGGUUGCAGCAUCCAGUGGUAAGAUCCACGUUCUAUCCAAAACCCUUCAAAGUACCAGCACCCUCAGUGCACAUUCACGCUCCAUCAAUAAAAUCAGGGCCCUGGACUCGUACACCUUUGCGAGCUGCUCAAACGACGGUACCGUGAAGGUCUGGGACGCGAGAACGAACCGCGAGACACUCAUGCUUUCCAACGCCCGCCAAUUGCCGUUUCUAUCCCUCGACACCAGCUACAACUUGUUGGUAGCAGGAACAGAGCUCAGUGGGUCCGACUCGGAGCUGAUUCUCUGGGACCUGCGCAAGCCAACGCAGCCGUUGAGGACGUUUAUUGAUUCGCACAACGACGACAUCACCGAGGCGCGGUUCCACCCGUCCAGCAGACAGCUGCUUUUGAGCGGGUCGACAGACGGCUACGUGAAUAUUUACGAUCUUUCGGUGCCCGAGGAGGACGACGCUUUGCUGCAGGUGAUCAACUUCACGUCGAUCCAUUCCGCAAACUUUCUCUCGCCAAACAGAAUAUACACUCUGUCGCACAUGGAGACGUUUGCGGUGCACGAGCUGAACGACCACCGCACCGAGGAGCACAUCGAGCCACAGCCAAAACAGUUUGGCGACGUUCGCGAAAAGUGGGGGUGCGAGUACGUGGUGGAUCUGCAGGCUCCGGGCUAUGUUUUCUGCGGGUCGAAUUCGAAGCACGAGCUGAAGAUGCACCGUUUCGACCCUGCUGUGGAGAACUUUGACUUUUCGGGCGAGUCACCCGUAUAUUUCCCCGAUGCACAUGGCGAGGAGGUGGUCCGUGACGCGCUGGUGCUGGAUAAUAUGGUGUACACUGCCGGCGAGGACAAUUUGGUGAAGCUGUGGAAAACACCGUGCCUUCUGGCGGAUACGAGCGCUGCGUUCUUCAGCAGCGCGCCACAGCCCGUUGAGACGAAGCAGCAGGAGCCAAAGCCCGAGUCGGACAGAAAACACAGGAAAAAGAAGCACAAGAAGGACUCCAAGAGAUUCAGGCCGUACUGAGGAAAAGGUGUGUGUGCGCGCACGACUUUUUCUGAGUUGUUUUUAAAUGUUAAAAAAUAAAACCAGCUGUACAUUAAAGGUGGUUGAGGCUGCAAGCACACUAGAGGGAAUUGCCGCUUGUGAACCACUGAAUCAAACUAACCGAGGCCCGAAUACCAGGCGGCAGUAGCAAGACGCCCACAGCUUUCCUUUUUGUAUAUUUUUCAAGUGUGAUUUCGGCCUCGAAUAGCCAUGACCGCUGGAGCCCCGCCCUUGGUAUAUGAACCGGGCACCGUGUUGACUGUGGGCUCGCACAAAGUUGUCAUUGAGAAGUACUUGUCCCAGGGAGGUUUUGCGCACGUGUACACUUGCCGUAUCAGUCCUGCCUGGCGAAAUCAGAAAAUAGCAUGUCUGAAAAGAGUGGCGGUGCCCGACAAGCCAACGCUGAACGUGCUUCGCCAGGAGGUCGACGCCAUGAGACGUCUCCAGGGGAAGAGCUGCAUUGUGUCGUACAUUGACUCGCACGCUUCGCGGAUGGCCAAUGGGGUCGGAUACGAGGUGUUCCUGCUGAUGGAGUAUUGUUCUGGAAACGGCUUGAUCGAUUACAUGAACACGCGGCUGGUGAACAAGCUGAAGGAGCCGGAGAUUCUGCAGAUCAUGGGUGAGAUCACGGAGGGUGUGGCGCACAUGCACGCUCUGAAUCCCCCGCUAAUCCACAAGGACAUCAAGAUCGAAAACGUGCUGCUCUCCAGCGACAGACACUACAAGUUGUGCGAUUUCGGGUCCGCGUCGCCACCAUUGAGACCGCCCCGCAACGUUGAGGAGUUCGAGAUUCUCCAGAACGACAUAAUGAAACACACUACACCCCAGUACCGGUGUCCGGAAAUGAUAGACCUGUACAAAGGACAGCCGAUCGACGAGAAGUCGGAUAUCUGGGCGUUGGGCGUGUUUUUAUAUAAGCUCUGCUACUACACAACACCUUUCGAGCAGAAUGCCAUCAACGGCAACGGCAACGGUGGGGGCGGCGAGUAUGCUAUUCUUCACGGCCUGUACUCGUUCCCUCCCUCUCCCCCGUACAGCACAAGAUUGAAGAACGUCAUUGCGAGAUGUCUGAUGGUAGACCCGAAGAAGAGACCGACCGUUUUCCAGCUGUUGGAGGAAGUUUGCAAGAUGCGCGGUGUUCCGUACCCGAACAUCGCCAAGACCACGGACCAGACCAGAAACCUCCAUGCUGUGCAACCGCCGCCCAUGCCGCGUCGGCCUGCCACGACAGAAGAGCUGGUUGGUCCUUCGGUGAAAACAGAUAUGGCCAGCAACUCUUCCAGGGAGCAUGUGUUGCAGAAGUCCUACUCUGAGAAAAUCAUGGCGCACAACUUGACUGCGCAGGACCCGUUUGCAAGGCUCGACAAAACCAAGUUUGUGACGGCAUCCAAUAACAAAUCCACGUCGGAUCUUGCGCAGUCGUUUGCGCGUCCCGAAGUCACCAGAAGGUCCUCGUCCAAGUCGCGGCCGCUCAGCAUGUCUGCCGCGAGUCUACACAAAGCAGCGUCUGGCCCCGUGUCGCACGCUGACCUCAUCGACGGCAUGACUAGAGAGGAGGUGGUGGAGCUGUCUCCAAACCACCACAACAAUAUCAACAGCUCUGUCGACUUCAUCAAGAGCGCCACUCCUCAGAGAACAGGCGACAGCUUCAAGUCGCGCUUAGCGAGCCUGAAGACAUCCAACACCGGCCACCACAAGCGGUCGAGCAUUUCAUCGAUCAAGGACCUUUUGACCGGCGGCAGAUCGCGCGAAUCGAGCAGAAACCCAUCCUACUCUUCCAUAAAGAGCAGAAACGCGUCCGGUUCGAACCGCAGCACAGACUCGCUGCAGGAGUUCACGACGAUCCACCGCGCGCAUUCGAACUCGAGCUCCUCAGCGUCGGAAACGUUCAUCGAGGACGAGCAGACCACGCCGCGCGCAGAAAAGCCAAGCGUGCCUGCGCACCGGCCACCAAAGCGGUCAAACUCGAUCCAACGUAGAGUGCACAUGCUCCUGAACCGCAAGCCGUCGCCACCUCCGGCGAAAACGGCACACGGGUACGGCAAAUACACCGACAAUAGCAACAUGCCGCCGCCGGCGAAGCCCAAGGUCAACAAGAUCCCGAUCAAGGUGAUCACGCCGUCGAGAACGACAAACACCUCGCCGCCGCCGUUUGCCACGCCAAGCUCGAUAGCCACGUCCCCUUACUCGCCGCUGUCUGCGUCGUCGUCCUACAGAGAUGCGGGCGAGAAGCUGAGCUACCAGGACGCGGUGCUGAGUCGCGUCAACAGCGUCGGCUCGUCAACCCCGUCAACCCCGUUGCGGAACAGAGCAAAGACAAGCUCGAAGAAACCGCCUCCUCGGCCAAAGAAACCAGAGCAUCUGAGCUCCAACAAGUCGACGCCGCAGAAGCCGCUGCCGCCCGCCCGCAACAGCUUCAGCGACGACGACGUCGAGGCGCUCGAAAGACGCUUCUACGAGAAGUUUCCCAGUGCAUUAUAG